AGUCCCAUUCCUUGCUUCUUAAGUCUGUGUUUUCUGCUGAAUUUUCUUCGUAUUUUUCAGACAAAUAGCCAACAUGGACCAGUGCCAAUCAAGCAAUGUCCGCAAUGAUCAGGAAGUUGUCUAUCCUGAGGCAGUGGAUAGAAUUAGAGGGAUAAUCUCAACUCUUCCCAUUGAGAAUGGCUGUAGAUACAUAGAGCCCUCGUGCUUAUACCAAGGCUUUUGGUGCCAUCCCUCCAUGGCAGAAUGUAUCAUGUUAGGCCAAGAAUUCUUCAAAGCUGAACCAAAUGAUAUUUUCGUGUGCAGCCCUCCAAAGAGUGGCACUACUUGGAUUAAAGCCUUAACUUUUGCCAUUGUCACUCGAACUUGUUUCGAUAGUUCAACAAGUCCUUUGCUCUUUAAGAUGCCCCAUGAAUGUGUUCCUGCUUUUCAUAGGAGUUUUGGCAAGAAGCCAGAUAUACGCGAGCCAGGGCUCCCACUCAUCGCAACACACUGUCCAUAUGCUUCCUUGCCAAAAUCCGUUCUACAUUCUGAUGGCAGGCUGUUUCUACUGCUUGUCUUCACUUCUCUGCUCCUCCUUGGAUCCUCCAUUUUUGGCCAAAAAAUGUCUGGCAAAGGCAUUGAAAUAAAUCAAAUUCAAAACUUCUAUACCAGCCUGGAGGCAAUAAAAUUACUCCAGCCUAUCCUUACUGAGAUCGUGACCUCCCAACCACGGCCCUUUCCCACUCUUCUUAGUUGUUGUAUAAACAAUGUUCACAAGAAGAGAGUUCAAGUAGCCUAACUCUGAUAAGUUCAGAAAGAAGAUUGUGCCGGUAACUGUCUUCAUCCUCUCCGGUAAUUUCAUCGUAAGAAGUUCCAUCAAAGCAACCGCAGCAAACGCUUUGAUCAAACCUGAUAAAACAUUAACAAUAGU